UUUAAGUUUAUGCCCCUCGUACAAUAUCAGCAUGACUCGGAAACUAUCAAUCACAGUCCGGUGCAGUCGGAAAUCUGGCCUCGCCCACAGCGGUAGUUAAACCUCUAGCAUUUAUUAACGUCGUUGACAAAUGGACAGAAGCAUAAUUAGAUUUAGCCACUGCGAUAAAUACAUAUAUUGCUUUUCUUUUCACAACAGCGACAGUGGCGGAUUUGUCGAUUCUGCUGGAAGAUCAUCUUCGCCGCAUUGUCCUCUUUGUAACAGUCGUUUACGGUUCAGUCUGUUGGACGCUCCUGUCAGCAUUCGAACCCCUUUUGAUAAUGGACAUGCGAUUCCGUAUGCGCUUACUAUUGGGUCCAUGCAUGGACCAUUAUAUAUCAGCGAGCGGGACAACUCGGAGCUGCAUGUGGGAAUAACAAAUUCUAAAGGCGUGGUCUAUAACUACACCAUGAAAGGCGUCAGAAGAGAUGAGACUGGAUGGGAACAGUGUGUAGCUGUCCGGCUGGUCCAGCCAGGUGCAGCCAGUGCCGUGAGCCUGUGGGACCGAGAGCUGGAGCACUUUGCCUUGUCAGACAUGUGGCCCCCUGAGAGAUUUCACGAAGAGAGGGAGUUCGGCACUUGCUGUUAUGCUUUUGCUCUUGGCUUCAUAAAUCAAGUGAGGGCUGCUGGAGGUAAACGGUGUCUAACCAGAGAUGAAUUCACGGCCAUACACAUCCUUCCUAGAAUGAAGACAACCUCCACGUAUGUUCAGAUCUACAGGGAGGUGCUUGAGCAUGACUUCUACAUGAUAGAUAGACCCAGAGAUGGAACGGGCUAAAAUGGAACAUUUAUCAGCAGUUAGUAAGGAAGAAAAAUGGCAGCGAUAAACAUUUGUAAUGGAAAAUGGACGUUAAGCAGGCCGGCGGCAUAUUCUGGUAUGUAUGGGCGUGUUACACAGAGCAGAAGUAUUAUUUAUGUGCUAUCAAACUCUAAAUCAAUAGAUGAAUUGUAUUGUAUUUAUAACCCAGACCCACAUUUUGCUCCAUUCCCACUUCUGUUUAAUUUACUAUGCACACUGCUUGAUUGUGCGUGCUCAUUAUUAUGGAUGAAGUUCGCUAGUGUAAACGAUAGCUAGUGAAGAGGUCAGCAGGCCUGUGAUGUCAUGCAGCCCCAGCAAAUCAUGUGGGAUCAUGGCAUGUGAGGGACAGUGGUUUUGAAUUUGUUAAUGUGCUAUAGCUUUACCAUAAGAACCUGUCUGUAUUUCUGCUUCCUAUGUUAGAAACAAUAUACAAAUGAGCCAUUUUAGGUGUCCAAAUUUUUGUGCCAAAGUAUUAAAAACUGAAUAUAACAAAUAUUAUGCAUAAUAAAGCAGUUUUGCUGUUUUCUAAUUCUAA